AGGAGUACCGCUCAUCCAGGAGGAGCAGCAGAUUUUAUGAAGGAGUCGAAAGUUUCUACCGUCUUACUUUCUUUCUUGUCACUUUUUUUUUAACCGACGUAUGACGAUGCAAUAGCGGUUUGAGACGAACCUGCAGGGGCCCUUUGAGGAUGCGACAGAGUGAAUUCGUUGCUCCUGGAUUUAUUUGACAACCAUGAUUGACCUGAGCCACCUGACGGAGGAGGAGCAGGGGGUGAUCAUGACGGUAUUGAGGAGGGACGCCGACCUGAAGAAGGCUGAGGAGGAGAGAGUCAGGAAACUGGAUAAAAUACUGAACACUGGCUCACAGUCUGACUCGAAGAAGUACCUGACUGGAGAAUGGUUUUACGAGGCCAAGUCUCGCAGACACAUGGACAAGAUCCACGGCUCGGAAAUCAUCCUGGCCUCCAUGAAACCCAGGAAAGCUGGUUUAGACUCUCCAAGAAGCGAUCGAUCCAAGACACCCAGCAGUCAAGGAUCCGACAUCGUAGCUCCACCAAAACCUGCCAGAUGUUUAGAAACCCUGCAGCCACAGGAGAACGAUGCAGAAAAAGAGAAUCUGAAUUCGGCAGUUCGAUCUCCGAGAACGCCCAGGCACAACCCUUUUAACCGUGCUUCCCUUGUUGUGGAGCCAGCUGAAAAUAAUAUUGACACUGCAAGCAGUCCACAUCCGGGGACAUCUGAGACAGAGCCCAUAUCUCCACUGAAAAGCCUCGCAGCAGCAGAGUCCAGUCAAGCCUCAGGAGGCUCGGUCACAUCAGAGGGCUCGUCUGUCGGGUUCAGGCCCGUGCCAAAGAAGAGGACGUUUCUCUCAAGACAGACAAAGACAGAAAACAACGGACCUGUUUCAGACUCUCAGGUCAGGUCACCGGGCAUUGUACCUGCCCCGAGGAGACGGAGCAUCCAGCUUGGGUUCAGUGGAAGCUCCAACCAGUCAAAUCAGAAAAGCAUAGAGGAAAUGCCUCCGAAAAGCGAGGAUUCUGAUCAAGUAUUUAAUUCCACUCAGCCAUCCAAAUCUCUCGAUGGAAACUCCCAGCAACCACUCAGCAACAUAUCACAGGUUUCAUCCAGUUCCAGACUGGAGAGAGAAAGACACACACCAUCUUUAAAAAGAGAAGCUUCUUUGGACAACUCUUCAGACCCAGAAAAUGAAAAGAAACUCUCAUAUCCUUCUGCUGAAAUUCAAAACUUGCUGGAUUCUAAUAAGGCCACAUUAGUGAAGAGUGACGCUUCCUCUGACAGAAAUAUCCCACAGGAAAGCACUAAACAAGUUGAGCAUGCGGUGAAUAAACACGUCGGCAACAUUCAAGAUACAGACCAAGAAAACUGCAGCAGUGUGGGAACAUCAACGAGGGAGGGAGAGCUAAGCCUGCCCCAAAGCACUGCAGAUGCAGAUCCUCCAGUAUUAUAUGACCUUAUCUUUAUUGACAAGUCUGGUCUGAAAACACAGGCAAAACCUAAUCACAACGACACAUUUAAAUUAUCCACCCAGGCCACCAGUCCAACUGGUGAUGAAGAGGACUCCAUUGCAAAGGUGCUGGACUGGUUCAACCGUAGCACAGACAGCAAUGAUUGGCUGAAUACAGACGAUGGUCCAGAGGUGAAAAAGAGCUCAAACAAACAUGUGGAAGCCCGAAAAAUCGGAGGUAAAGAUGAUGGGGAAAUUGUAAGUGAUCAAAGGAAGGACACUGUUGAAAUAAAGAGCAGUCCUGUACAAAGAAGGACACAUAAGGAUGAAGAGUUAAGAGUCAGAGAUAGAAAAGGCACCAAAGAAGUGACCAAAACAAAGGAAGUGCCAAAGGAGGAAACCAGAGAAAAGAUGCGGCAAUCGAGAGAUGAGGAUAAUAACGGCGAAAGCCAAUCACCCCAAAUCUCUCAUCUAAAAUCAUUCUGGGAGAAAAACAACUCAGGUCCAAAAAUACUUAUCAGCAACUCAAAUAAGCCCGGAGAGAAGGCUCAAAAACCAGAAGAGAAAAACAGAGAGAAAAUGAACAAAACAGUGUCUGAUAUUCCCUGUGUGCCUGGAAUACACAAGUUUGCACCAAAUCAUGUGGAUGAAAGAAAAGAAGAACUGAUAAUCAGUCCACAGGAAGGCCCUGGAGACAAAGACAACCUAAUCAACAGCCAGGAAGGAGACAGUAUGGAGAUUGAUACUUUAAGGAAAAUGAGCCAUCAUGACCUUACAUACAACUCCACUGACAGAAAGUUGGAAGCCAAUCCCCAGGUAGCUGACAGGAGAGGCUCAGACCCUGAGAUUUUAAGUGUAACCAGAUUGAGUCCCAGGAAAUCUAUUGAUUUCAUACUCAGUCCAGAGUCUGAGGCCAACUCCUUGGUCAAACCAAUUCCACAACUUGACGGUAUUUUUCAACCAAAAGAGAUCCAAAAGAAAGACGAAUUGUCCAAGACUGUUCCUGAAGAUGUGAAGAGUAAAGACAGUGAGAAUGACGCCAUGCAAUCAAGCGAGUCUCCAAAACGCAUGCAGACUACGCCUAAUAAAGAAAGACUAAACAGUCCUCACUCAAACAGACAAGGUUUACCACCUCAAGAAAUCACUGCAAUAAGGAUAAAGCAGCUCAGAUCUUUCUGGGAGCAGGAGAGGAACAAGCCCAUGUUCAAACCUAAAGUUCUUGGCGAAGGCAAAGUUGCUCGUGGUGCAAAUCAGGCAAAACUAAAUAAAAGGUUUACAAAAUCAGAAUUUGACCUGAGGUCAAUUGGAAAUGAAUUUAGCAGUGACGAUGAAGACUGUAAAAUAAAUAGUCCGAAUUUUACUGUUCUGCCUUUGAAUCAGAGGUUGGAGAAGUCGUCCCCAAGUCUAGGCACGAGCAGAACACAGUUUAAAACUCUGCGUGAGUUCUGGGAUGAGGCCACGUUAGAUGUAAAGGGAUCAAUUCCUUCUGAGAAACCCAAAAGCCCAAAAAGAAAAGAGCCAAUAAGUCCUCAGAAGACAUCUCAAGAGUUAAAGUGUGGUGAUUCUGAGAUUAACCGUGCAUCAGAAUUUGUAAAAACAAAACCUGGAGCCAAAAAAGUAUCUUCUCCUAAGAACCGACCCAAAUCUCCUCAUGAUAAACAGAUGGGGACAAAAGCAGUGAAUGACAGCAAAAAUAUCUACUCUCAGAACUCAAAAGACACAGAGAGGAAAACCAACAGAGAGGAGAAAUCCACUAAACCACUUAACAGUUCAGGAAAAGAACCUCGUUUUCCUAAGAGUAGAAAAGACAGCUUCAGCAAUUCAAGCAGUCGUGGAAAUUCUAUGCGUCGCGCAACUAGCAUGUUUGCUCUGAGUGUUGAUAAAAAAGAUCAAAUACAGCUUAAAAUGGACGUCAGCCCUGUCCAUUCCCAGAGCAGGAAGCCGAGGCUGAACACAGAAGAAGGUGGAAUGUCGAGAAGAUCGCCAGUGGACAACGAGUCUCUGGCUCCAAGGGCACGAGCGUAUGUUCCCACAGACUACCGGCAUUACCUUGGCAUGACGGAUAAAACCAACGUCCACACCACACUAGUUCCAAAUCUGAAGGAUGAGGGGUCUGAGGGUAAGUGUGAGUAUGAGUUUGACCUGGAUGGGCCGAUGAGGGCCAGCACGCCGGUGAGCUCUGACGAGCGAUACAGCAGGAGGGGCAGCAAGACGAGUCAUCGCCCUUUGUGGGCAACCUACAGCUCAGACACAGGUCAGGACUCUUCUGUGAGCAGCAGGUCGGAAACUUGGUCCAUCUCCAGGAACAGUUCAAGCCGUGAAAAUGACGAUGAAAACCUUAACCUGGUAAGGAAAGCUUUGAGACGAGCAGAAGCACGGCCUAAAAAUCUGGCUAAGAGUAUGGAGGACAUCACAGGAUCGCUGUCACCAAGACAAGAAAAAAGGCAAGACCCAUCUGACAGACGCAUUAGUGAUGUUUCAUCCAUGCCGUCACCUUCCUCGUCCAUUUAUUCAGACCCAGAGCACCUGAAGAAGAUGAGCAAAUCAGUUCCUUCAUUCUUACAAAAGGAGGACGUUGGCGCUGACACUGAUUUCAACUAUGAGAAUCAUAUCCACAGAGGAAGCCUAAUGUCCGGCAACUCCUUCACUAACCUCACCAGCUCGUCUGGCAGGGCGUCUCUGUCGUCUUCUCUCAGUGGAAGUGUGAUGACCAUGUGCAGUGCUGACUUUGGAAAUGUGGAGGUUCAAGGAAACAUCCAGUUCUCCAUCAACUACGUUCAAAAAAUCCGAGAGUUUCACAUCUUUGUGGCUGAGUGCAGCAACUUGGCAGCAGUCGACCCAAAGAGGGGCCGAUCAGAUCCGUAUGUCAAAAGCUACCUGGCUCCUGACAAAGCUAAUCUGGGAAAAAGGAAAACAUCUGUAAAAAAGAAGUCGCUAAAUCCAACUUUCAACGAGAUCCUCAGAUAUCGAGUUCGCAUGGAGUACCUCAGAACACAAACGCUUAUUCUCUCUGUCUGGCACAACGACACCUUUGGCAGGAACAGUUUCCUGGGAGAGGUCGACGUGGACCUCUCCAAGUGGAACUUUGACCACACCCACAUGAACUACUUACCUCUGAAAGGAAGGACUACACCCACUUUAGCACCAUCAAAUGGCUGGGGAGAGAUGAAACUGGCCAUACGUUUCCUGCCACAGAUCAUCCACAGCGCAGGAUUUGUGAAGGAGAGUCAAAAUACCGGAGAGAUUCACAUUUGGGUGAAAGAAUGCAAGAACCUGCCUCUGACCAGGACCACUAUUGACCCAUAUGUGAAGUGCUGUGUGCUGCCAGACACGAGCAGAAAGAGCCGUCAGAAGACACGUGUGUUGCGAAGGACCGUAAACCCCGUGUUUAACCACACGAUGGUCUACGAUGGCAUCAGAGAGGCGGAUCUUGCAGAAGCCUGUGUGGAGCUCACUGUCUGGGACAGAGACAGGCUUGCCAGUAACCUGCUGGGAGGCCUGAGACUUGGACCUGGAACAGGCAGGAGUUAUGGAGCACUAGUGGACUGGAUGGACUCGGCCUCAUACGAGGUGGCACUCUGGGAUCGCAUGAAGGCCAGCCCGAAUGAAUGGGUGGAGGCCGUUCUCCCAUUGAGAAUGCUGAACUCUGCCAAACUUUCAAAUAAGUAAAAGCAAACUAAACUGUUAUCAGGCAAGGACAGUAUAUUUCUGUAUUCCUGUAUGACAGUAUAUAAGAGCUAAAAGCACAACAACCGAAACAAAUGAAUGGUCUAAAGAUCUAGUGCUUUGAUGAAAACUCAAAAAUACUUUUUGUAAAACGUUUGAAUGAACCAGACAUAUAUUAACCGACAUCAACAUUAUCUUGACAGUAUUCUUCAUUAGUUGCAUUUUACAGCAUAAUUGAAAAGUGAUGAAGUUAGCUGUUUAAAACAGGGGAGAUAAAAGACAUUUUAAAAACUGCUUUUAGACGCCUUCUCUUGCUGCAAAUUAUGAUAAAUGUUUGUGAUUGAAGUAAACCUACUGAUUGUCUGGGUAUCACACAGGUUUGAACUUUCAGGUCAAAUUUUCAAUGAUUUGUAACAUGUAUGUAAACAUUGGACUGAUUGUUUGAUAUCAGAUCGAUAACAAAGAUGAUGACUCCUGCUGUUUGUAAGGAUCUCCUGACUUUACCUCUAGUGCCACCAUGAGGUUUAAAAUGUGGAUUUGAGUCAAACAUUUUCAUCCACUAUAGAUUUCAAUUCAUGGAUACAUUUCAUAAUAAACUAUAAAAUGUAUCACAUUAAUGACUCAUAGACAGACAUCAUUGAUAUUUCAUUUAUAUAUAUCAUCUUGUAACAUGUAUUUAAAAGUAUACAAUUACUACAGAGGAUGCCAUUAAAACAUGAUAUAAAAAACAAUAAAAAUGAUAAGAUAUUUCUUAUGCACUUGCUUAUCCACAGAUGCAGCAAUAGUUACAACCAGUUUGAAGUGAACAGUAGUAAUAGUGAAACUUUUCCUCAGAAGGUUAGUGGUCCAACAGACCUGCAGAUAGUGAAGUGACUGUUGUGACUUAAGUGCAUCAAUGUGUAACAGGUGGACACCUCACGGAGUCUUGUGAUGCAGUGCAGGUAGACACAUUGGUUUGUGUGUCACUUUUACACCUUGGGAAGGUACUUUUUGGGACUUCAUGGGCACCGUACAAGACAGUCAGCAUUAAGAUAAAUAAUUCAAAAAAAUCAUGAUAAAUUGAGACGUAUAUGGUAUUCUACUUUAAUAC